AAGGAAAGCAAAGCGGAGACACAGAGUCAUAUUAUUUUUUUUCCGUCACUCCUUUUCCUUUAGAAACCCUCCUCUCCUCCACAGCUACUAUUUGACUUUGCGAGUUAAGUCCGGUAAGAGGCGCUGGUCAGCCGCUACGCUCACACCAAACCUCCCCUGCUUUUUACUGCAUUUUGUCUCUUCGGUGUUAGCUAGCUAACGUUCCCCGGCGGCAGUACAUCUGUCCCCGCAUCCACACGCCGACAUGCCGGAGUACCUGGACGACCCGUCUUCUCUCACCAAGGACAAGCUGAAGAACGAGCUGCUGGCCCACAACGUGGAGCUACCGAGCGGGAACCCUACCAAGGACGUGUACGUGCAGCUGUAUCUGAAGAACCUGACCCCGCAGAAAAAGCAGCGUGUGACGGCCGCCACUCUGGACGCCUUCUCCAGCGACGAGGAGCUACCGACGCCCGUGGUCAGCAACAGAAGUCGGUCCUCCGGCAGAAAAGCCACCAGGAAGACAGACAAGACUCUGCCUGACGAGCUGGACGUGACCCUGCUGAGCGACGGGGGACUGAGAGACGAGCUGCUCAAACACGGUGUGGAUGUGGGACCCAUUGUUGCAUCCACCAGGAAACUGUACGAGAAGAAACUGCAGAAGCUGCUUGACGAUGGUCCCGCACAGCCGGCGGCGACACAGCUGGUCAUCACGGAGAUCCAAGUCAACCACAACGGCAACUCUGAAUCCGACCUCUACAGUGACAAGGAGGACGAGGUGACACCAGAACCAGAACCCGUGGCAGAACCUGAACCUGAACCAGCUCCAGUGGUGGAGAGGCCGGUGAGGAGCAGAGGAAAGACUCCCGUCACCACCCGCACCCGCAGCAGUCAGCACAACAAGGUGGAGAAGAUCGCAGCCAGUGACCAAACCCCAAAGGCGGAGGAGAGCGAUGUUCUGAAAGAGCUGUACACCAACGACAUCAGCAGUCCAACAGGCCUCAACAUCACUUGUCGACGACCAAUCCGAGGAGCCGCCGGCCGCCCGCUGAAGUCCAGCGACCUCUGGAACGACGAGAACUCCUACUUCUCUCCAAAAACCACCAGGACCAGCAGCAACUCCUGCUCCUACACCGAGAACCGCACCGUCAACAGAGUCAGCAGCCUGCUCCCCUCCGCCCCCCCCUCCUUCUCAUCCUCCACCUCGUCCUCCGUCUCUUCUUUAUCCACCUCCUCCAGGCUCCUGGCCGCAGCGCCCCCCGCGGGUCAGACCAAAGCAGCGCGCCGCGGCAUGUCUCUGUGGAUAAAGCUGUUCCUGCUUGCCAUCGUGGCUGCGUUCCUCUUCCUGGUGUACCAGGCCAUGGAGACCAACACCAACAGCCCGUUUGAAGGCCAGGGCACAGAAGUGUCCGCUGGCAGCACAGCAUAGAGAGUCCAGAAGGUGGUGUAAGAGGCGGGGGGCGGGGGGGCCUGCCCAACUUCUUCUUUUUCAUCUUUCUUUCUUUUUUUAAGUGUGAAUCUGCAUUGUAGCCAUUUUGUUGCCGGGGCGCUGUGAAAUCAUGGCCCUUGUUUUUUCCUCAUGUUUUGUCUUCUUUUCCUUUUUAAUACCAAAUCAGUUUGUUUUCUUCUUUUCUGUGAAUCCAUAAAGAGAAGUGAUGUUAGCCACUUCAAGUGACACUUCAAGGAUCUCCAUCACACGUCGUGAAAGGACAAAUAACCGCCUCUGCUGUUGUUGUUAUGGUCCAUCCUUGACCUUUGACCUCACAGUUGAUAACGUUACAGCAAAGCCAAACACUAAUCAACUGUCAGAAACACAUGUAGCUCCAGUAGCUCUCAUAGGAGGAUACGGACUCACUUCUCAAUGCCGUAUUGUUUUUUUUUUUUAUAUGUCAUACUUGCAUGGUGCGUAUAUAUAUGUGUGUGUGUGUGUGAGAGAUAAACUUGAAUGUGUGUGUGUGUGUGUAUGAGAGAUUAUAUUUUCUCACACUUUGCCUUAGUGUCUGUCUCUGUUAGUCAUUAACAGCCUUGAAGAUGGACUUUGAAACUAAUUUAGUUUUGUACUCGACCAUCUUUGUUAACGAGACAGGGAGGCUUGUUAUAAUCCAGAUGCUUCUCAAUCUUGUUAAACCUACAACAAUAUUUUCUUAAAUGUUCUCUUAUAAUAAAAUAAUGUUACAUUGUAUUCUACUUAUGUAUUCACUGUCACAAAUAUUGAAUAUCCACUCAAUAAACUAUUAUG